AUGGAAGCGAUCAACGCGUUGUAUCAGGUCAUGUUCGACGAAGAGAAGGCGACGCUCGCGGCGGCGGCGGCGGCCGGAACCCAGGCCGCGCUCGCGUCUCCGGAGUUGCGGACGUCCUACGCCGACGCGCUCCUCAUCGCAGAGGAAGACGCUCUGACGAUUCGCGCGUGCGAAUGGCUCGAAGACGCCGCGGCGUUGUUCGUCUCCCGCGGCGAGAUCGACGCCGCGGCGUUCGCGCGGCGACGGUGCCCGCUCGCCUCCGGGGUGAGCGAGUCUUUUCUUCACACGAUCCGAUAUGCCAUGUCAUCAAAUCUGAUCACGCGCUGA